GUAUAACACUGCUCUCGACGCAUUUAAGCUAACCAUAUAUGUAUACAGAUUAUAAAUUUAAAUUGUAUUUGGGUUUGUUUAGUUUUUUCUCUCACGGGUAUGUAAUUGACGGUGUAAUGUUUCUAUUUCAAAACAAAAAAUAACCAAUAAUUAACCGUCAUUAUGUAAUUUUGAUAGAUCCCUUCAUCUUGCUUGCUGGAGAUUAUUCAGAUUGUGUUGGAAGCUGGAAAAUAUAAAUCAGCCGGUUCAGGAGGUUGAGCGUGGCAAUGUCCAAGAGCCGAUUAUUGAGAUUUUGUUGGAAGUAGGGUCAUUUUUGAAGAAAAAAUUAUAAUAAAGCGGCAGGUCCAGACUUAGUUGAGCGUGGGAAUGGUGGCUAUUACUCGACUUACUAAUUUAAUGCGCCCAAUGAGGAUCCAAUGAUUCGGAAGGGUCAAAAUAGACUGUUCGUCAGUGGUUUGACACAUAUGCAUUACAUUUGACCAUAGCGGAACGAACUAUGUGAUGAGGGUACUAUCAUGAAAUAAAACUGAAAAUAAUUAAUAAUGUAUCUAAUUUUUGCCACCAGUAUUUAACAUCUUAAAGUAACUCUUAUAGCAAUAAUGUAAUUCUGAAGGUAGCAGGGUUAAAUAGUAAUAUUCAAACAAAAAAAAACAACUGAAGAAGGACAAUAAACUUGCAUCACGGUGCUGCAACAACAAAAUUCAAGUCUACCAAACAUGUUUACUGCAAAGCUGGAUACUGAAGAACAUGAUUCAGACACAAGUAGAGUUACUAAACGAGAUUCAGCAGAACAUGUAUAUCUACCAGGUGGAAUUCCUACACCGUGUACUGAAGAAGAAUUUUCAACAAUGCAUGCUGGUCUGACAAGGGAAGUAACUCAACAAUUGGAUGGAUACAAACAAGAUGGUGAAAACAAAUGUCUUGGUCUUGAUGGAGUUUCAACAAGGGCUUCAAACAGACUAACUGGUCAACAUAUUGGGGAACACACAUCAGUCAAGUGUGCACAAAAUAGAAUAAUUCAAGAUAAAGACAUUGAACAAAAUACUGAUACUAACCAGUUGUGGUGUCAAAAUUAUCAAAAUAACCAGUCUGCUGGCAUUAAUGUAGAGAAAAGUAAUUCCUCUAAAAAAGGUAAUUACCAACAAUCUUUAGUAUGGUUACAGACACGUUUAUUGUGCAACAAACUACCAUCACACAAUGUUGAAAAACCAUUUAUCUGUAUCAUUUGUACAAAAGGUUUUCUGAGAAAAUCUGACUUAACAAGACAUGAAAAAAUUCAUUCUCAGGAAAGACCGUAUACAUGUGGUGUGUGCGACAAAGCUUUCGGACAGAGUGUUGAUCUUGUCCGUCACAUGAGGAGACACACUGGGGAAAGACCUUACCAGUGUAAGCAGUGUGGUCGUUAUUUCAUCGGGUCGAAUGAUCUGAGGAGACACGAACGAGGUCACCGCGGGGAAAAGACCUUUCACUGUGGUAUUUGUGGUCAUAGUUUUUCACAGUCUUCAGAUCUGCAGAAACACAUGAGAAUUCACACUGGGGAACGGCCAUACAAGUGUGAGAUGUGUGGCAAGGAAUUUUCCCACUCCACCACACUAGAUGAUCACCUGCGAAUUCAUAGUGGUGAGAAACCGUACACAUGCAGUGUGUGUGGAAAGAUGUUCUCACAGUCGUCGGGUCUGCAUCAACAUCAGCGCACCCACGACACUGUCAAAGCUUAUACGUGUGAGACAUGUGGCAAGCAGUUCACCACAGCCUCCGCUUCAAUACAACACCGAAGGACUUUGUCACAUAUUCGUAAGAGUGCUCAAGUCAAGGACGAUUCUAAGCAUGAAAUGAUUGUUGGGUCUUGAUUGUGACUUUUCAAUGUUAUUGUAAACAGUAGUAACUGAUAGGAAUUUUUUAAAACAUACAUUAAACAGUACAUUACUUUGAUA